AUGCGUGAAGUGAGGAAACCAGAGAGCAGGGGGCCAGGACCUUGUGAGGGAGCAGGAUGCUGGGGCCCUGUGCGCAGGGAGCAGGGGGCCAGGACCUGUGUGAGGGAGCAGGAGGCUGGGGCCCUGUGUGAGGGAGCAGGAGGCUGGGGCCCUGUGUGCAGGGAGCAGGAUGCUGGGGCCCUGUGUGCAGGGAACAGGGGGCCAGGACCUUGUGAGGGAGCAGGAGGCUGGGGCCCUGUGUGCAGGGAGCAGGGGGCCAGGACCUGUGUGAGGGAGCAGGAGGCUGGGGCCCUGUGUGAGGGAGCAGGAGGCUGGGGCCCUGUGCGCAGGGAGCAGGAGGCUGGGGCCCUGUAUGCAGGGAGCAGGAGGCUGGGCCCUGUGCGCAGGGAGCAGGAUGCUGGGGCCCUGUGUGCAGGGAGCAGGAUGCUGGGGCCCUGUGUGCAGAGAGCAGGAUGCUGGGGCCCUGUGUGCAGGGAGCAGGAGGCUGGGGCCCUGUGCGCAGAGAGCAGGAUGCUGGGGCCCUGUGUGCAGGGAGCAGGAGGCUGGGGCCCUGUGCGCAGAGAGCAGGAGGCUGGGGCCCUGUGUGCAGGGAGCAGGAGGCUGGGGCCCUGUGCGCAGAGAGCAGGAGGCUGGGGCCCUGUGUGCAGGGAGCAGGAGGCUGGGGCCCUGUGCGCAGGGAGCAGGAUGCUGGGGCCCUGUGUGCAGAGAGCAGGAUGCUGGGGCCCUGUGUGCAGGGAGCAGGAGGCUGGGGCCCUGUGCGCAGGGAGCAGGAUGCUGGGGCCCUGUGCGCAGAGAGCAGGAGGCUGGGGCCCUGUGUGCAGGGAGCAGGAGGCUGGGGCCCUGUGCGCAGAGAGCAGGAUGCUGGGGCCCUGUGUGCAGGGAGCAGGAGGCUGGGGCCCUGUGCGCAGGGAGCAGGAGGCUGGGGCCCUGUGUGCAGGGAGCAGGAGGCUGGGGCCCUGUGUGCAGGGAGCAGGAGGCUGGGGCCCUGUGUGCAGGGAGCAGGAGGCUGGGCCCUGUGCGCAGGGAGCAGGAUGCUGGGGCCCUGUGUGCAGGGAGCAGGAUGCUGGGGCCCUGUGCGCAGGGAGCAGGAUGCUGGGGCCCUGUGUGCAGGGAGCAGGGGGCCAGGACCUUGUGAGGGAGCAGGAGGCUGGGGCCCUGUGUGCAGGGAGCAGGGGGCCAGGACUCUGUGUGCAGGAAGCAGGGGGCCAGAGCCUGCAUGAGGGAGCAGGAGGCCGGCUCCUGUGUGAGGCAGCAGGAGGCCGGGGCCCUGUGCGCAGGGAGCAGGAGGCCGGCCCCUGUGCACAGGGAGCAGGAGGCCGGCCCCUGUGCGCAGGGAGCAGGAGGACGGGCCCUGUGCACAGGGAGCAGGAGGACGGGCCCUGUGCGCAGGGAGCAGGAGGCCGGGGCCCUGUGUGA